AAGUUGAUAAGUACCAGCCACCAACCACUUUGUUUUUUGCUUUGUCAGGUCCACUCCUACUCUCAGGUUCACACAUAGUCACAAUCACACUGAUUCUUCUGAUAGACUGAGACAGCAUUCAAGAUGUGCCCUCUAAGACUCAUUCUCAUAUUCUUGUCUGCUACUCUUGCCGGCUUCUUUGUUCUCAGAAACCUCAGAUCUCAACCUCAAAUCACUGAGUUGGACCAAAACAAUGAAGACAUUCCUGAAAAGGAAACCUUGGAUUCUGCUAAACCAACCUUAAAUGCACCUUCGAAGUCCAAGGUUAAGGCUGCAUUAGAAUCAUGGUUUUGGACAUUUAUUGACAUGGCUUCUGGUCGUUAUCUCUGGAAGCAUUUGGUCAAAUCCUCUUCAAAGUAAUAGUUGAAACAUAUUCAUAGUUCAUACCUUUGUGAUUUCAUGACCUACAUAAAGGUCAUAUGAAUGUUUCAUCUCAUAUGUAAUAUUUUGGAAACUCAAUCCAUGUAAUAUUUUGGAAACUCAAUCCUAACCCCUUUUCUUAUGGUGUGAUAUUCAUAAGAAUCAUAACUGGAAUAAUACUAUUUGCUCCAUUAGCCUGUGGUAUGGAAUAUUAUUGUUUAUAGAUAGAA